AGUUUUAGUUCGUCAGAAAGAAAGAAGUGUUUUGAAAUGAGUCGAAGAACACCCCAUUUUUUAAUACCACUAACUUUCCUCGUGUUGGCCUUUUUGGGACUUUCUGUCGCCGGAGUAGGAAAACGGCGCCGUUCGGCGCCUUACCCAUUCCUCGGGAAGAACAGGUAUCGUUACCCCGUGCACUUGCUGAGCAGACAUGACACGGAAAUGGACAUGAAGAAACGCUAUGAUCCGUUGAUGAGAGCAGAAAACCUGAGCCCCCAGGACGUGUCACGUGGACUCGUCGACGAGCCGGACUUGCAGCACUUUUUGCGAAGGGCUGAAGAAUCAGCCGACGACGACGACGACGACAGCGACGAAAGAAAUAGCGACAGCGACGAAGAUGACGACAGUUCUUCGUCGGAUGAAGAGGAUGACAGGAAACGGAAACGGAUCCCGAGUUUACGCGAAAUCAAAGAGUCGCGAAGAGGAAGAGAAGAUGACGACGACGAUGAUGAUGAUGAUGACAGCAGCGAGGAAGAAGAAGACGAUCGCAAGAAGCGUUUCCGGCCGGCGCCACCCGGCAUGCCGUACAUCGCAUUGCCGGAACCCUACGGCGGCCCACGACGACCGCCUUCCACCUCCGCCGCCCAACGCAACCCGUUCCACGUGCCCGGCUACGGGUUCAAGCGUAGAAGGCGGAUCUUUGCGUCAGACGGGUACGCCGGAUGGCAACGACUGCCGCCAACUGUUCGCCCACAUCGCGCUUUUUUACUACAAGCACGUGUCCAAGACGUCAAUGAUGAUGAUGAUCGUGGUGAUGAUCAUGAUGAUGAUGAUGAUAACUCUAGUGAGUCGGAUGAUGAAGACAGCGUGGAGGAAAGUCGAUACCAGCAAGACAAACGUAAAUUCAUGCUUCCAGUCCACUUCAAUCGCUGGUCAUCCGACGAAGACGAGUCUUCCGAGUACAAAAAACGCUUCGCGCUCAAACGCAAAUUCGCUCUUCCUCCCAGGAAACAAUCUCGUUAUUCAGACGAAGAUGAACAAGACGACGACGACGAUGAUGAUGAUGACGAGAAGAAAAAGAAGAAGAAACGUGUCCCACCCCCACUGCCAAUGGGCGGCAAUAAACUCUCCGACUACUUCGGCUUCGACAAGCGCAAGAAACGCGACACCGGGGCGACACUCGUCAACAAUAACACAACCCCCACCACCACCAGUCUAAUAAUAAACUCUCCCAGCACUGAAACCCCCGGAAAAAAUCCGGAUCCCGACCAAGGUCUCGAAGAAGAUUACACCUUUCGAAGGAAGCGACUCGCGAUGCGAGCGAAUGGGCGCCUUAUUGCUGCCGGCGAAUGGCAUCAACCCCAGCAGCAGCGGAUGAGGUUCAACUGGGUGCGGCCCAGCGAAUGGCUUCACAGGAUCCAGAUGCACCCGAGCAGGGAAAGGUACCCGAAAAAGCCACGGGAAUACGGGUUAUUGAAACGGAGUCGUGAAGAAGAAGAAGACGACGACGAAGAAGCAGAAGAUGAUGAUGAUGAGAAAAAGAAGAAGCGGAGUAAUGCAUCAUGGAUGCAUCAAGCAGGACCCGGAAGACCGGUUGGGUUGAUCCGGAAAUUCAGACCGGAUCCUGAAAAACGUUUGUAUUUCGCCAAGAAAUUCCCCGUGGGUGAUGAUGAUGAUAGUGCCCUGGCUGGGAUCGACAACCAAGUACGCGAAAUGGCAGAAUCCAGAGAGACUUACCCAAUAUCCGAGCUAAGGAACCGACUCAGAGCCGUCGAACUGAUACAUGAGGUCAAAGAUGCUCUCGACAGCGACAGUGACGACGACGACGACGAUAGCAACAGCGAUGAAAAACACGGACAUCGACCGCAAGGCAUUGACCUGAUCCGAAAGAAGAAACAAGCAGACGAUGAAGAAACGUGCCCAGCAUUGGACAACGUUUUGCAGGGAUGCGUCCGAGCAUCACGGAUAGCGGGAGACAACGAACUCCGUUUUGUGGAUGCUUGCAACAUCCACGAGCUCUGCAAACUUUGCGUGAACGAUGAAGAAACGUGCCCAGCAUUGGACAACGUUUUGCAGGGAUGCGUCCGAGCAUCACGGAUAGCGGGAGACAACGAACUCCGUUUCGUGGACGCUUGCAACAUCCACGAGCUCUGCAAACUUUGCGGCAACAAAAAUAAUUUGAUAAUUGAAGACCUAAUCAAAGCAUUGAACAUGGAAAUCCCGCAGGGAGAAGGGUUCAGUGUGAUGACGUCCAACGACUGCGACGGGAUCCUCCUCGACAAGAUGGAAGACGUGUGUCCCAACGAAGAACCCGGGUGUCUGGAGCUUGCCUACCACAUGACAAUCGCAGUUGACAAGCUUAACCCCGGUGGCGAAGAAGACCCCAAUCAGUGCUAUCAAGAAUCAUGCGUCUCCAAGUAUCUCAAGCGACAAUUCGGCGAUUUAAUGCCGUUCCGAUAA